GCCUCGCUGUCUUCAUAUCUUGCUUCGUUUUAGGGGGAGUUCGUAUAAGGCCAAGUUCGUAUAAGGGAGAGUUCGUUCGCUGUCUUCAUGCCUUGCUUCGUUAUAGGGAGAAUUCGUAUAAGGGCAAGCUCGUAUAAGGGAGAGUUCGUUCGGAUAAGUGCAAAAUCGUAUUAGGAUAAUACUGUUUAAGGGCAAGAUCGUAUGAGGGAGAGUUCGUAUGAGGGACAAGUGAGUGUGUUGUGUAGAGGGUGUGUGGGGUGAGGUGAGGUGCGGACGCCCACCGCUCAACACCCACCCACCCACGCCCACACCCUCACCCACAUCCCCGGUCGUGUUUGCAGGCGUCGGCGCACCAUGGUGUGUGCCUCUCCCCAGUGAGCCAUGGAGCUGCUGUGUGGCGUGCCCAAGGGGGGGACGCGGCGACCCUGGGGGGGCACCUCCUGGGGGCGAACCUCCUGGGAAAGGGCCUCGUGGGGUAGGGCGGGUGGGCGGGGUGCCUGGAGCGCGGGCGUGGGGGUGCGAAGGUGCGCCACGCUGCCCACGCCCCCCCAUGGCUCCCGUGGAUCCUGCAAGUUCCCAGGGGGGCUGAUCUCCACCAGACCCAGCCCCGCCCCCAGCCUGAGCCCCAGCAGGCCCCCGGACCCGUGCUACACCCAGCCCCUGGCGCUGGAGGGAGCCGCGCCCCCACAGAAAAGCUCCCCUUGCCCCCCGUCCCCCAGCCUGCCCCUGCGCCGCUCCUACACGCUGCCCCCCGCGCUGCGCCGCCCCCCCUCGGGCCUAGGCGGCCGCCGGGCCUUCGUGCACGCCAAGGCGGAGGCGGCGGAGGGGGCGCCGGAGCCGGGGCCGCAGGGGGGUGCGGGCGGCGGGAAGAGACUGUCGCUGUCGUCGGCGUCCUCGGGGUGGUCGCGGCUGACGGCCACGACCUCCGGCGCGGCCUCCACGACCACGGACGAGGGCGUGUGCAGCGGCGCCUCGCUCUGCAGCAGCCUCCGCGGCGCCCCCGACUACGACCCCUACGACCCCCACGACGACGCCCGCGACCCCCCGGGCGCGGCCUGGGGCGGCGCUCGGCCCAAGGAGCGGCCCCCCGUGCCCCACCUAGACCUGUUCGGGGCGCGGGGCGGCGGCGCAGCACCCGACGACGACGAGAAGUGCCUCAGGUGCCAAGGGGGGCCGGCGCCCCUGCGGCGGACAAGGAGUCUGCGGCAGCCACACCCGCGACACCUGCCCGUCACGCCCACGCUGCUCCGCCUGCUGCAGCUGGGUCUGGAGCAGGUCGGCAGCAAUGUGGGCGUUGUGUCGGGCGUCCAGCGGCGUGAGAAGCCACACCCGCCAAGAAUUGACGCCCACCGCUUCUCUAGGGCGAAUCUGGAAGACUCUGGUGACGUUGAGCUUGACACCAUCCUGGGCGAGCUGUGUGCCUUGGAGACGCAGUUCGAGUUUGAGUUGUCCUCCAAGUCUGGCACGACCGCCCCGCCCGCCCCCACGCUGUCCUCCGCCCCCUCGGCCAGGACCACCACCACCACUGUCACCGCCAACAUAACAGACAAGAUGCAGCCCAAACAACAGCAGCCUUCACCAGCAGGCCCACAGCAGCUGCACGGUGACUCCCCUCAGCAGCAGCCACAGCAGCAACCUCAGCAGAGACAGACACACUCUCGCAGCAACUCUGGUAACAGCAGUCGCCCCAAGCUGGAACCUCUCAACAUGGAGAUCGACGUCUCUGCCACCACCAUGGGCCGCACCGACAGCCCCGACAACGACUCAGCGUUCAGCGACAAUGUUUCGAUGCUGUCCUCGGAAAGCUCGGCGUCCAGCGGGGCGUCUGGCGGUUCCCGGCACGACCCAAACAAACACUUGUCCCAGGUUGAGCAGGCGGCCAAGCUCAAGGCGGAGAAGAUCAAGAUGGCUUUAGAGAAGAUCAAGGAAGCGAACGUGAAGAAGCUGUUCAUCAAGGCGUUCACCAACGACGGGUCCACCAAGUCCCUGCUGGUGGACGAGAAAAUGACGGUGGUGCACGUGACACGGCUCCUGGCGGACAAGAACCACGUCAGAAUGGAUCCAAAGUGGGCCAUCGUAGAGCACAUACCAGACCUGUAUAUGGAGCGAAUUUACGAAGACGACGAGAUGUUAGUCGAGAACCUUCUGCUGUGGACCCGAGACAGCAAGAACAAACUCCUCUUCCUGGAGCGACCUGACAAGUACGACCUCUUCCUGCGCCCAGAACACUACAUCCUCAUCGGGUCGUCCUCACAGAAGAACGCCGACCUGGACGACGAAGGGAGGAACACUCUGGUGGAGGAAUUCUUCUCAAGCACUGGUGUGGGUGUGCCAGAGGUCGAGGGUCACCUAUUCCUUAAGUCCGAGGGCAAGAAGGUGUGGAAGAAGUAUUACUUUGUGCUCCGAGCGUCCGGCCUCUACUAUUGUCCGAAGGGGAAGUCCUCGCGCUCGUCAAAGGACCUCGUCUGCCUCACAACCUUGGAAGUCAACCAGGUGUACUAUGGUGUUGGGUGGAAGAAGAAGUACAAGGCGCCCACUGAUUGGUGUUUCGCCGUGAAGCACCCGCACCUCCAGACCAAGAGCUGCAAGUACAUCAAGUAUCUGUGCUCGGAGGACCCACAGACGCUCUCACAGUGGGUCAUGGGCAUCAGGAUUGCUAAGAGUGGGCGUCGGUUACUGGACAACUAUCGCGCACUGGUCGAGGACUUGGCUCAGGAGGACAUCGACAUGCUGGCCUCCUCUCGCUCCUUCAGCAUCGCCUCCAUGGCGGGCGGGAGUGGGGGCGGGGGCGGCCCUGGUGGCGGCUCACACGGCACAUCCCAGGCCACCACACCCUCCUCAGAGUCCCGAUCGCUGGACUCCUGCCUCGCCCCAAGCCUGGCGGAUGGGGAUGAUGACGCCUCAUCAUCCGCCGGUUCAAGCUCACAGGACACACCGGUUAACACUCUCGGACGGCGGACGGACACCCCACACAGCGGCGGCUCAUCCAGCAGCUCCUCGGGGUGCCUCAGUGAGCGCUCGUGGGCAGGCACACCAACUGGGGAACAAGGGUUUGAGGCGGAGUUUCCUCCCCAGGGCACCAUCAAACGCAAGCCUUCGAACAACCCCAAGCUACCACUCACAUCAACCACUCGGCUUCUCGUCAAGGAGGUGGAGGGUGAGGACAUUGGGGAGAGCCGCGGGGCAUCCGUACGGCAGAGUGUGCGUCGGUCACUCUCGGAGGAGGUGAGCACGCUACGACGCCGCACCUCACAGGGCCGUGCCGCAUCCGUUACAUCUGCUGCAUCAUCCACAACCACCAUACGCGACGAGGACACCCUAGACUCCCUUCCGCUGCCUCCGCCGCCCCCAGAGUUGACCGAGUGCGAGCCUGAGACCCUCCCCCCACCCCCUCCGGAGCUCCUUGCGUCCACCCUAAGCCUCAACUCCCUUCCUCCGCCGCCAGACGAGGCUUCGCUGUCGAUCAAUCCUGAUGAUCUCAUGAUGGCCAGCCUCACAUCCCUCCCCCCUCCACCCCCUCCUAGUCCACCAAAGCCGUCUAGUCCACCCAAAGCAACCUCUCCGCCACCCCCGCCACCACAUGCAAGCCUCCCACCACAUCCUGGAGCGCCACAUCUACCCCCGCACGGCCUACCACAGAAACCAAAGGGGGUCGGAUCUCCCAUUUACCAAGCCGCCAGCCCGCCUACUGUUGCCCCUAAGCCUAGACGGGACUCUGGGGACUCACCCUACGCGGCACCGCCCUUCCUGGCUGAGCUACGAGCGCACACGUCACACACGGCAGUGGCGGCUCUUCCCUCGCAUCCCCCUGGCACUGGGUCACUCCCUGGUUCUCCCCCCCACGCCCCGCCCCAUCCCCCACACCCCCCGCCACACGGCACUGCAACUCUCAACGGCGGCUGGCACCCAGAUGCACCUCUCCCGCCCCCGCCACCCACUCCCCCGCCGCACCAGACCCCGCCACAGAAGACACAACCAACGUACGGACAUACUCACUCCCCGCCGCAUCAGAAACCACAACCAACGUAUGCACACACUCACACCCCGCCACAGCCGCCUCCACCACCGCACCAACCAACAUACGGACACACACACGCCCCGCCGCAGCCACCACCACCGCCACACCAACCAACAUACGGACAUACACAUUCACCACCACACCAACCGACGUACGGACACACUCACCCACACUCCCCGCCACAUCCGCCACCACCACCACACCAAACACCAUACCCUGCACCACCACCACACCAGACCCCACCUCCACCACACCCCCCACCACCGCCACACCACCAGCCAGUCUACGCCCAGCCCCAGAAAAGCCCGCAGAAGAAGGUCAAGCGAAUCACCUUCCUCGAUGACGUACAGAACAUUCCCCCGGCAGCCCCCGCCCCAGAAUCACCAACGGGGCGUCCUCCACUGCCCCGGCGCUCUGACUCGACCCGGCUGAGCCACCCCGGACGCCUGGACAGCCCCGGGAACAAGGUCACACCACCGAGGUCGUUCCUGAACAACCUCCAGCGUGUGAUGCAGAAGAAAUGGCAGGUGGCGCAGAAGUGCAAGGACUUCGACAAGAUGCCCCAUGAGGUACUAGGCUUCCGAGACCCCAUACUGCCCUCGGAGGCGGAGCGCAAUGUCGGGGCGUGGAUACAGGAGCACUACGGCAGCCUGUACGAAAACCUUUCACCCCACGGCGGCCUCACACAUGGGUCAGGGCCGCCUCCUGGGGCCAGCGACGGGGCGGGCCACAGCCACACCCUUCAGCCAUCGCCGCCCCCGCACACCCCGGACGAGGCCGCCCGUGCCGCCCAGACCAUGCCGGGGCGGAAAAGACCCCCGCCGCCCCCUCCCAAGCGGUCCGACUCCACCCAUCUCAGCUCCAGGCAAUGACGAGGCUGACCCUAGCUAUCUUGUUAUACCCCAGGGCUGUCGGGGCACUUAGAGACUUAGCACCCCCCGCCCCAUUCCGCCCCGCCCCACCCCGCCCCGCCCCUAGUCUGACUAAGGGUGCACGGCCUGCCUGCCUCCGUGGCUUGAGAAGUCAGUUGCGUAUUUCCAUUUGCAUAUGAAUUUAUAUUUCUUAAUGUUCUUAUCGGUGUGAAAAAAUUUAUGGUAGUGUUAAGAGCAAGUUGGCUGGUGGUGGGACGGUCCUUCCAAUGGUGCUACAGUGGCAGGUGAAUGCAGCGAACACGGCAGCGGAGUAGUAUAUCGGCCGUUCCGGGACGAUUACAUGUGUGUGUGUGUGUGUGUGUGUGUGUGUGUGUGUCAGUGUUGAUGUGUGUGUGUGUGUGUGUUGCCAGUUUGCCACACCGCCUCGAGGCCUCACAGAUAAACAAAGUGAUGACUGUAGUGUUUGUGUUGCGCCAGUUACACGAAAAACAGGAACCAGACAGAUUAAAAACUAAGGCAUAACAGAAAUAACCGAAGCCAAGGAAGUGAUACACGAGAUAUGGUUUGUGUUGCGUGAGUUACACGGAGACGAAAACAUGAACUACGUAGAUAAAUAAAGGAAAGCACAAGAGGAAUGACCGAUGCACAAAUUGAAGGCAAGAAAGCAAUGCUGGAAAUCGAGAAAAUGAGAACUAGGAAGAGUGUACGUAAGGUGUGAGAGGAAUGACAAGUGCACAACUCGAAGGCAAAAAAAGUAAUACACGAAAUAAUGUUUAUGUUGCGUCACGCUAAAGAGAAGACUUGUAAAAUAUGUAUAGCAAGUUUAUGCGUAAGACAAAAGACAGAUGCAUGAAAAAAGGAAAGACAUUGAAUAAAAAGUGCAUGAGAUUACGUAGAUAGGAUUUUGAGGAUGCGAGAGACAUGUCAAAAUAUGAAAGUAGAAGAUUCGCAGAAGGAAAAAUAAUUUGCAAAUAUGAAAGAUGAAAUGAAAUGUAAACCAAAUAUAUCAAGUAUGUAUAUAUGACAUGAGGCUACAUACAUAGUUACUGAGGGCAUGAUAGAGACUUACAUAGAAAAAACAAAGCAGGAAAAGGAAAAAGGAAAGCCAAAUAUAUGUUAAAAUGUCGAAAGGAAACAUUGAAAAAAAGAGAAAUACAAGUUGAAAAAGAAAUGUGUUAAAAUGUCAAAAAGAAAUUAAGAAAAAGAGAGCUGUUGAGUUGAAAGUCAGUUAUAUUAAGAUAAAUUGAAUUGAAAAAGAGAAAUACAAGUUGAAAGCCAAAAUAUUGAGACUUUGAAACAGAACUAAAAAGAAGAAAAAAAAGUAUUACGUGUUGGAAAAAGAGAAAUACGAAUUGAAAAAGAGAAAACAAGUUGAGAAAAGAAAUAUGAAUUGAAAAAGAGAAAUACAAGUCAAAAGCCAAAAUAUUGAGACUGAAACAGAACUUUAAAAAAAAGAGAAUAUUAUGCAUUGAAAAAAGAAAAAUAUGAAUUGAAAAAGAGAAUUACAAGUUGAAAAAGAGAAAUACAAGUCGAAAGCCAAAAUAUUGACGUCGAAACAAAACAAAACAAAACAAAAAAGAGAA